GCAAUUCCCUUUUUCUAUUAUUUUCCUCGUUAUCCUCCCUCCGCUCCGCCCCGCCCCUCGCCGUUGGCUGCGUCGGGGACCACCGGGAAGAAAGCACCAUGCUCCUCUAGAUGUGAACCGUCGCCGCCGCCGCCGCCGCCUCUAUUCGCGUCGCGCCGUCGUGUUCCUCCGGUGUUAGCCAACGGCUCGCGUUCUCAAUAUUCCUUGUGUUGCGCUCUCCAUUUUGAAUUUACUAAUUUCAUUAACUCCCUCUAUUACGCCUGCUUUCUUCGUUUCCAUUUUGCCCGAUUCAUCUUCGUGGUUUUGGUGUCUGUUUUCUCGUUCCGCCAUGAUGAACGACGGCCAGGAAACUCCGGAGCCAUUGGUGUACGUUCACGGCGACCUCGAUUUGAAAAUCAUUGAGGCGCGCCGUUUGCCUAAUAUGGAUUUGUUGACGGAGCGUAUUCGCCGGUUUUUUACGGCCUUUACCUCUUGUCGGAAACCGUUUUCGAAGAAGGAUUCCGAUCACCAGCACCAUCGCAAAAUCAUUACUAGCGAUCCUUACGUCACGGUUUGUCUCGCCGGAGCGACGGUCGCUCGGACGCGGGUUAUUUCGAACUCUCAGAACCCUAUCUGGAACGAGCACUUCAAAAUCCCGCUUGCUCAUCCGGUCUCGCAGGUUGAGUUUCAUGUGAAGGACAACGACGUGUUUGGCGCCGACUUGAUUGGCAUCGCUACGGUCUCCGCGCGCAGAGUAAUUUCUGGCGAAACAAUCAAUGAUUGGUUUCCGAUUAUUGGUUCGUUUGGGAAACCGCCUAAACCGGAUGCGGCUGUGCGUUUGGAAAUGAAAUUCACGAAGUGCGAGGACAAUCCUCUGUACCGUCACGGCAUUGCUGCCGAUCCAGAUCAUUUCGGAGUUCGGAAUUGCUAUUUUCCGGUGCGGCACGGGGGUUCUGUAACGCUUUAUCAGGACGCUCACGUUUCUGAUUCCACGUUGGAGCAGAUUGAAUUGGAAGAGGGGAAAAUGUAUAAUCAUGGGAAUUGCUGGGAGGAUAUAUGCCAUGCGAUUUUGGAAGCUCACCAUUUAGUCUACAUCGCCGGUUGGUCCAUAUAUCAUAAGGUGAAGCUGGUGAGGGAGCCUUCGAAGCCAUUGCCUAAUGGUGGGGAUUUGAACUUGGGGGAAUUGCUCAAGUACAAAUCACAGGAAGGGGUGCGAGUCUUGUUGUUGGUUUGGGAUGACAAGACCUCCCACAGCAAGUUCUUCAUCAAUACGGCUGGAGUGAUGCAGACUCAUGAUGAGGAGACCCGGAAGUUUUUUAAGCACUCUACUGUGUCAUGUGUGCUGUCACCCCGAUAUGCCAGCAGUAAGCUUAGCAUUUUUAAGCAACAGGUUGUUGGAACCCUUUUCACCCACCACCAGAAAUGUGUGAUCGUGGAUACGCAAGCAUCUGGAAAUUACCGGAAGAUCAGUGCUUUUAUUGGAGGACUUGACCUUUGUGAUGGUCGUUAUGAUACUCCUGAGCAUCGGUUGUUGAAAGAUCUUGACACUGUAUUUGAGGAGGAUUAUCACAAUCCAACUUUUUCUCAGGGAGGCACAAAGGCUCCUCGGCAGCCAUGGCAUGAUUUACAUUGCAAAAUUGAAGGGCCUGCCGCAUAUGAUGUGCUUACUAACUUUGAACAACGAUGGAGAAAAGCCACAAAAUGGUCUGAAUUAGGUCAGCGGUUCAAAAGAGUAUCGCACUGGCAUGAAGAUGCUUUAAUAAAGUUGGAACGCAUAUCUUGGAUACUUAGUCCAUCUCAGUCGGUUCCCAAUGAUGAUCCUUUGUUAUGGGUUUCCAAGGAAAAUGAUCCUCACAAUUGGCAUGUUCAGGUUUUCCGAUCCAUAGAUUCGGGAUCUUUAAAAGGAUUUCCCAAAGAUGUUUUUCAAGCUGAGUCGCAGAAUCUUGUUUGUGCAAAAAAUUUGGUUAUUGACAAAAGCAUUCAAACAGCAUAUAUCCAAGCUAUUAGAUCUGCCCAACGCUUCGUAUACAUCGAGAAUCAGUAUUUUCUUGGAUCAUCGUUUGCAUGGCCUUCAUAUAAAGAAGCAGGUGCCGAUAAUCUUAUUCCAAUCGAGUUGGCGUUGAAGAUUGCUAGUAAGAUAAGAGCCAAUGAGAGGUUUGCUGUAUACGUUGUGAUACCAAUGUGGCCUGAAGGUGCUCCCACUUCUGUUUCUGUGCAAGAAAUUCUGUUUUGGCAGGGCCAGACAAUACAAAUGAUGUAUGAAAUCAUUGGACGGGAGUUGAAAUAUAUGAAUAUCCAGAAUGCUCAUCCCUCGGACUACUUGAACUUUUACUGUCUUGGAAAUAGGGAACCGCACGAGGACUUAUCAUCUUCCUCUGGUCAUUCAUCCAAGACCGAAGAUGUGGUUUCAGACUCGCAAAAGUUCCGUAGAUUCAUGAUAUAUGUACAUGCCAAAGGAAUGGUUGUUGAUGAUGAGUAUGUCAUAGUAGGGUCUGCAAAUAUAAACCAAAGAUCAAUGGCUGGUUCAAGGGACACUGAGAUUGCCAUGGGUGCAUAUCAACCAAGUUACACAUGGGGUAAGAAGAAGCAACAUCCACGUGGCCAGAUUUAUGGCUAUAGAAUGUCGCUCUGGGCUGAACAUUUGGGAAAAAUUGAUGGUUGCUUCAAGGAGCCUGAAACUUUGGAUUGUGUGAACACUGUCAAUAAGAUAGCUGAAGAUAACUGGAAGAAAUACACAGCAGAGGAAUUUGCACCACUGCAAGGGCACCUCCUUAAAUACCCGAUUGAGGUCAGCAAAAGCGGCAAGGUUGGUCAGUUGAACGGACACGAGACCUUCCCCGACGUCGGUGGUAAGGUCCUCGGAGCUCGAUCAAAUCUCCCUGAUGCUCUUACUACAUAAAUUUACCUUCUAUUUGAGUUCUCUUCACUUCAAACAUGAGGAACCAACUCCGCAGCCUUCCCCUUUGUUGCUAUUACUGUUAACCACCAAAGGGUGAAUAACAUUCACUUCACUGAUUAAUCACAGUUUAAUUGUAUUCAAUGGUGUCACUGUGUUGAUUCUUUCCAAACUUUUGGGAGUCAAAGUUCGAAGUCAUCACAAAAUACUGUGAGUGUAAAUUUUUACAGGAUAAUGUGUACCUAAUUUCUAAUUUUGUCAUGUUUUCUAGUUUCUAAAGCAAUUGGCAUGGUAGUUGGCUAGCCAAAGGUUGUUGCUGGAUGAGAUUUUGGUCUACACCAACCCCCUUUUAUAGCACAAUUUUACAUA